AGCCGCUGGCAGCCCCACGCGCCGAGCGAGCGCCGCCUCCGAGGGUCGCCGGGCGCCGGAGCCAUGACCCUCCGCCGACUCAGGAAGCUGCAGCAGAAGGAGGAGGCGGCGGCCGCCCCGGACCCCGCCGCCCGGGCUCCCGACUCGGGAGCGGCCCCCGCCACCCCCGCCGCGACCCCGGCCUCGGGUCCCCGUGCGGCCGCCGCCGGCCCCGCGGCCCCCGGAGACGAGCUGUACGCGGCGCUGGAGGACUAUCACCCGGCCGAGCUGUACCGCGCGCUCGCCGUGUCCGGGGGCACCCUGCCCCGCCGGAAGGGCUCAGGAUUCCGCUGGAAGAAUCUCAGCCACAGUCCUGAACAGCAGCGGAAAGUGCUGACUUUGGAGAAGGAGGAGAACCAGACCUUCGGCUUUGAGAUCCAGACUUACGGCCUCCACCACCGGGAGGAGCAGCGCGUGGAGAUGGUGACUUUUGUCUGCCGGGUCCAUGAGUCCAGCCCUGCCCAGCUGGCCGGGCUCACACCAGGAGACACCAUCGCCAGUGUCAACGGCCUGAACGUGGAGGGCAUUCGGCAUCGAGAGAUUGUUGACAUCAUUAAGGCAUCGGGCAACGUUCUCAGGCUGGAAACUCUCUACGGGACGUCCAUCCGGAAGGCGGAACUGGAGGCCCGGCUGCAGUACCUGAAGCAAACCCUGUAUGAGAAGUGGGGAGAGUACAGGUCCCUAAUGGUGCAAGAGCAGCGGCUGGUGCAUGGCCUGGUGGUGAAGGACCCGAGCAUCUACGACACGCUGGAGUCGGUGCGCUCCUGCCUGUACGGGGCGGGGCUGCUGCCGGGCUCGCUGCCCUUCGGGCCCCUGCUGGCGGCGCCCGGGGGUCCCCGCGGGGCUGCGCGGCGGGCGGGGGGCGACGCGGACGACGCCGUCUACCACACGUGCUUCUUCGGGGCCGCCGAGCCCGCGCCCCCGCCCGCCCGGCCCGCGCCCCCGCCGAGCCCCCCGCUCCCCCCUUCCUCUCCCCCUUCCCGGUCUUCUCUUAUCCUAAGCGCCAGCUUUCUUUUCUUUUUCCCCUUGUGCUUCUUUUUCUUCGGCGGCGGGGGCGCGGGGGGCGCGCUCUGGACUGAGGCCCGCGAGCAGGCCCUGUGCGCCCCGGGGCUGCGCAAGGCCAAGUACCGCAGCUUCCGCCGGCGGCUGCUCAAGUUCAUCCCCGGACUCAACCGCUCCCUGGAGGAGGAGGAGAGCCAGCUGUAGGGCGGCCGGGGCGGGAAGCUAUUUAUUUAUUUAUUCGUGGCAGCCUGCGCGGAAAGGGGGCGGCGGGGGGGGGGGGGGACCCCAGGAGCCCAGCAGCCCAGCGCCAAGGGGGAGGGUCCCCCGCCCCAGCUGGCCUGCCGCCCCCCACCCAUGCAAGGGCGCCCACACCCCUCCCCGCCUCCUCUAACCCCGGCGGGGAGCUUGGUUGGGUUGGGGACGGUUUGGGGGCGUUCAUCCUACAUCCAGGUCUGCAGUGCCUUGUGGGGUGUCCAGGAGAACUCCCCUGGAGGGGAGGAGCCCCGUCCCACGAAGCCCUCUCCCCAGCUUUACGUGCUCCUCGCCCUGGCCCUGGGGGACACAGGGCCUGGGGUCGGGCCUCCCCCCUCCCUCCACGCACAGCCUCCCAAGGUGCUGGGCCCCCUCCUUCCCGGCCUGGACCCCUAAGGGCUUGGCCCCUCCCAGGGGCCUGUAACUAAGUUGGGUCCUGCCGGGCAGGGGUCCCGGGUUCUUCUCCGCCCCCUUGGGGGACAGGAAUGGGCACGUCCAGGUGGGGUGGGGGCAGCACAGACUGUUCCGCCGUUUUGCAUAUUGUUGCUUCUGAACCACAAACUGUAUAAAAUUGACGGUUUUUUUGCA